GCGAGGAGGCUGGAUGAUUACCCUCGAAGCMCUCGCUAUGAGGCCGAUCGRGGUAGAGGYGACUCCCRYGGYCGAUKGGAGACAGAACAGAGCCGACGAGAUGRAUAYAGGGAYRACAGAUAUGAGAGAUCGGACCGAGAUGGAUAUAGGGACGACAGAUACGAGAGGACGGGUCGAGAUGGCUACAGAGGAAGUAGAUAUGAGAGAGGAGAUCGGGACUGGGAACGACAAGAUGGGUCGCGCGGACGGUUUGAGCGCGGGGGAGAAGCGAGGGAUCAGCGCGACGAGUCGCGGGGAUGGUACAACCGAGGGGACCGACGCGAUGAGUCACGAGGACGAUAUGACUCGAGGAACCGCCAGAAUGAUUCACGAGGGCGGUAUGAGCAAGGAGGGUCUGGAGAAGACCGGCGCAACGAUUCGCGCGGUCGGAAUGAGUGAGGGGGAUAUGGCGUCUCAUCAGAACCAUAUCCAAAGUCGCCUGACCCCAAGGCGACCAGGAAUUCGAUCUCUAGAGGCGCAGACGACAGGGCAUCUACUCCCAGGAACUCAUGCGUCUACUAGAAGGACGCAGCGGGUCGAUGGAGAGGAGGUUAUCCUUUCACCGCGAAAGCGGCGAAAGCGGGGAGUGAAGAAGUUCUUAAUGAAGAGUUCGCUGGACGAGAUUGACACGGUCGAGCCAUUGAGGCGGGCCCUUCGGCAACCCAUGCAGUGCUCUAUUCUGGAGUACCUGGCGGCAUCGAAGCCGGCUCGUGAUGAGUUACAGAUGAUCACGCGGAAGACUCGCAUACCUCUAUCGGAGGAGGGUCAGGGGGCCCCUAAGGGGGAAGCUUCUACAGUAGCAGUAACGGGGGUGACUGCCAGAGUGGAUCGCAUGACGACAGUCCUUCUCGAUGGAAUGGAAGGUGUGCCUCCAGACAAGUUUUAUAUACUUGGUAGCGGGGCCGUGGAGACGAUUAUAAACGAUGAAGCGGUACUUGAUGCUGUGAUUGAUAACGGCAGUGAGGCUGUCAUCAUAGACGAGGACGUGGCGGUACGAGUUGGACUGGGCCUCGAUAGGUCAUAUCUAUUCGAGAUAGAGACGGCUGAUGGGAGAAAGCAACAGAUCACUGGGGUUUGUCACAAGGCAGCCAUAAAAGUCGAAGGAGUAAGAGUAACCCUGCCUGUUUUUGUGGUCAAGAACUGCAGCUCCGACCUGCUUUUGGGUCGAACGUGGCUGAGCCACGUGCAUGCGGUGACGAUAGAGCGACCUGAUGGGAGCCAAACAUUGUCCAUUAGGAAGCCAGACGGGACACGGGUGAUGAUUGAGACAGUGGAGCCUCGGGACCCGAGGAACAGAGCAGCUUUCGCUGUGGGUGCAAGACCCAGUGAUCAGAUUAGGUCUUUACCCAUCUCCGGCCGCGCGGUGCGAUUUCGCGAGAAGAGAUAUGGACCACUGCUCACAGAGGAAGAAGGUCGGAUCAUGGAGGUGGAAGAUUUAGGAAGCCGGCUAAUAGUGGACGGCAACUCGUACCCAAAGAAAAAAGAGGAGGAAUUUGGCGGUGUGGUAUCUAUGUCUUUUUUAAGGGCACGGCCCCCUAUGGGGGGCUACCCAAGCGACACAAGCGAGUAGCUCAAAAAGUUAAGCCAGCGGCGGUGGGCCGCGAGCGAUCGGCACUGGAAGGAGUAUCAGAAGAAGAGAUCGCGAAAGAAAUCAAAGAAAGAAAGAAAA